CCCUGAUCCAUAGACCGUUACUCCUGGUGUCCCCUUCUCUUUCUGUACAGUACAGUACAAUGUGUUACCCACUCUGAAGCCAAUGGACAGUGAUGAGUCUUUUGAAAUAGCGUCUACGGCCACAGACAAAAGGAUCUAACCUUCAGGCGCUGCACAAUCUACGUUUUCUCCCCCACUGAAUAUUUAGGCCUGUGCUGCUCACCUGUGGGAGAAGUGUUGGUUCAAGGGAAUUACCAAAGUGUGUGUGGGGCGCCAUGUCUGUGGUCAAAAUCCUGUGCUGUUUGCUGUUAACGUAUCACAUGGGUGAGGGGAAGAAAAUCAAAGGAAGCAGAGCUGGUUUAGUGGACAGCGAGCAGAGAAGAGUCGUGAAGAUGAAAGAGCCUUAUGUCAGCAGCUCGGGCUUCAGGCUGUUUUUGGAAGGUGAGGACACCUGCACACUGGACCCUCUGCAGCUGCACACUCUCACCUCCUGCGGCUUCAACAGCAGUAAUCCCCUCAUCAUCAUCACUCACGGGUGGUCGGUGGAUGGUAUGAUGGAGAGCUGGGUGCUCAGGUUAGCCACAGCCAUAAAGACAAAUCUGAUGGACACUAACGUGGUGAUCACCGACUGGCUGUCCCUGGCUCACCAACACUACCCCAUCGCAGCAAAGAGCACCCGCACUGUGGGACAAGACAUAGCACAUCUGCUGCAGUCGCUUCAGGAAGAAUACCAGUUCCCGGUUAGUAAAGCUCAUUUGAUUGGCUACAGCCUCGGAGCGCACAUCUCUGGAUUCGCUGGGAGCUACCUCGAAGGUCCCCACAAGAUUGGGAGAAUUACUGGUCUUGAUCCAGCGGGGCCACUGUUCGAAGGCAUGUCUCCCUCAGACAGACUGUCUCCAGAUGAUGCUGAAUUCGUGGAUGCCAUCCACACCUUCACCCAGCAACGUAUGGGCCUCAGUGUGGGCAUCAAGCAAGCAGUGGCCCAUUACGACUUUUACCCUAAUGGAGGAGACUUCCAGCCAGGAUGUGACCUGCACAACAUCUACGAGCACAUCACCACGUAUGGGCUACUCGGUUUCGAGCAGACAGUGAAAUGCGCUCACGAGCGAUCCGUCCAUCUAUUCAUCGACUCUCUGCAGAAUAAAGACAAGCGGAGCACGGCCUACAGCUGCAGUGACAAGAGCGCCUUUGACAAAGGCGUGUGCCUGGACUGUCGGAAGAAUCGCUGCAACACACUGGGCUACGACAUCAAGAAGGUGCCCAGCGGCAGAAGCAAGAGGCUCUACCUGAACACGCGCCCUCGGAUGCCUUACAAACUCUAUCAUUACCAGUUCAGGAUCCAGUUUGUCAACCAGAUGGAGAGGAUGGAGCCCUCUCUCACCAUCGCCCUCACUGGAACAAGGGAGGAGAGUGGAAACCUCCAUAUCUCCUUCACUGAGAAGAUCUCCGGUAAUAAGACCUACACCUUCCUGAUCACCCUGGACCGAGACUUGGGGGAUCUGAUGUUGCUCAAUUUGCACUGGGAUCGACCGGCCCUGUGGAAGAACAUGUGGAGCCGGGUGCAGACCAUCAUGCCCUGGGGCGGCCGGGAGAGAAAACCACUGCUGAUAGUGGGAAAGAUCAGUGUCAAAGCAGGCGAGACGCAGAAGAGGACAUCUUUUUGUGCCAUGACAGAUGACGAGCAAGUUGAGGUGUCGCAAGAUAAAGUGUUUGUGCGCUGUAAAGAUGACACACCCAGACAGCGCAGGUGAAAGCUCAACUAUGGGCUCCUACAUGGUCAACAGACUCGAGAUUUCUAAUGGAUGUUCCAGACGAAGGUCACAACGGAAAUGAAAUUCUGCACAUGAUUCAUUUUCUGAAAGAUGUGACACUAAACAAAAGGUUACAAAUAGUGUUACUGAGGCUAGAGAAACAACUAGCAACUUUUGUAAGCUGUUUAUAAAGGUACAGAAAUAUGUUAAGUUUAGAAACAUGAUAAGCGUGACUAUGUGAUGUAAUUAAUAAUAAGCCGAGUAUGGCAAAUGAUUUACAAUUAUUUCCAAAUGUCUUUCUGUUGAACAUUUGCGCAUUCAAAUAUUGAAAAGUGAACAGAGAAGUUCCACGCCUUUAUGACGAUAAUUCCAAAAACUGUUAAUGUAUUUUUUUUUGUAAAUUGUGUACUAUGUGAAAUUAUCUCAUCAUUUAAAGUCUUGCUAAUAACUUCAUAUAAAUAUGCUCAUUACUCAAACUCAAACCAAAGCAAUAAAAUUACACUCUGCUCUUUUCUAUUCA